GAGGGUGGAGGUGUGGUUUCAGCGCGCGCUUUGGCUCAUGAUGGUCAUUUGGCUUUCUGCAGCUCGAGGAGAGAACGACGUGUACUUGUCCUGGAAGAUAAUGCCAUAUUUAAGGAUUUUGUUUUCUAAAGAUAAUAUUGUCUUAUAGUUGUCUUCAUUUCAGCUGCGAUGAGCGAUGGAGAGAGAGGGGAACAGCUGUGGUAGAGAGACAGUGAAGGGAGGAGGAUCUCAGUGAGACUCAGAUGCUGCACCAGGCAGGAGCAGAGAGAAGUCAACCGUAGAGAACAUUAGGAAAAGAGGAUGACCACUGCAAAGGAAUACGUCUAAAAGAAAUAUGAAGGAAUAUCUUUGUGUGCUUUGACAAGUGGCAUUAUAACAGAUCAGAAUGGGAAAUACAGAUAGUCAGUACAGCAGUUUCAUCAUCCCUGGUAAGGGAAAAUCUAGCUCCCUGAAGCUUCACACCUCUAAAGAGGAGGUACUGUCCCCGCACUCUUGGUGGAGGAACUCUGAGAGCACAUCUGGAUACAAGGCCAAAAAUGGUUUUUCACCACACAAGAACAGCCAACCUUACAUCUCCCGCCAUUAUGACUGCAUUAAGGGGAGAUCUAGUGAUAAAAUAUGUGCAGAGAACCACCAAGACGUUUUAUUCCAGGGAAAUGGUUUCUUUGUAGGCUGCAGACAACAGACUGGAGGCCUCCAGGCUCCUAUGAGGAGCCCCAAUUCUGAGCUUAAAGAUAGUAAGAGCAGUCCCAAAGUUCUUUUUCGUGAGGGUGGAAGUCUGAGGGUAGAGUUUACUAAUGCACGGAGGGAGCCGGAUGUUGACCUGUCACUGGGCAGUUGUCUCAGUGGACCUGUUGAUGCUACCCAAAGGGCCAGUAAUGGGAGCUCUCUUAGUUCUGAGGGCUCAUGGUAUGACUCACCCUGGGGGAAUGGGACAGAUCUGUGUGACAACGUCUUCACCACCAGCCAGCCUUCAGACAACAGUAGUGGAUAUACCACACUCUCAUCCACACGUACAGUGGACCUUGGAUGUAUUAGUGGUUACACUACAGAGCAGUCUGAGAACCAUAUGGGUAGCCUCACCUGCCAAACUACAGCUCAUGGCAGUCAGUACACAAGCAGUGAUUCCUAUAGUAAUGGGUACAAUACCAACCACGCUGAGGGGGACAGUGGUAUUGGAGACUCUGUGCUCCUUCAUUUGGAACAUAAUGGAUUAUCUGACCUAUACACAAAUCCCAACAUGACUGUGCCAUUCCCUACCUGUGGGCAUCCUAGCGGCAGAUCAACUAGAGGACACUCCUCACCUCCAAACCUCACUGACCUCCUCCCUGGAUGCGAACUCCCAAGACGAGAGUCAGGAAACCCAGCAUUACACCUCACAUACCCUACCAUGCAGAAAAGCAGUUCCUGA